AUUAAUUAGACGCAUUUCAGUAAUGUCCGCCUUUAAAGGAAACACACGAAUUGUGGAAAAUUAACAAAAAUAUUGCCAUCCAGAAUUCAGAAUCUCGCCCGGCGGGUAGUGGAGAAAAUAACUGACAAUUGAGCAGAGGAGAAUAUCCUUGUCAAACACAGUAAGAGGAAUGGAGGAAAAGUCUCUUCUCGUCGGUUGCCUACUACUUGUUGUGACAAUCAUUAACGCUCAGCCUCCCGUACAAACUUACGACUCCGAAAUCCCAUUGAUAGCGACUCUGGGAGUUGCUGGGAUAUCCGCCAGCGUGACUACCGUCCUUUUGUCAGCAGGAAUUGGAAACCUGAGGUCGGAGUUGGAUACUUGUGAACAAACUGAAGAAAAUCUAACAUCAACAUUUGGCGACCUCAGUAAAUGUAUUACCAACCUGAAUGAAAAACUGGACGAAUGGAAGGACUGUCAAAAUGACUUGAAAGAAUGUGAAGAAGCAUUGGCUCAAAGACAGACUGAUUUAAAGAAAACAGAGGCGGAUCUUACGACAUGCAACAAGGAUUAUGACGACAUAGAGGACUUUCUGAAAAGGUUUACUGAGGUGUAUCCAGACGAGAUUUACUGCGCAUCGGCUCUCUCUGAGAACGAGUGCAACGCCAUAACGGGCUGUACGUGGAAGGAUAGCAAAGAAUUUUGUGAGAAAACUGGUACAGUAAUCAUAACAAAAUAAAUCUAUAUCACAUCGUG